AUGGACCUUUACCGUUGUCCGCUCCUGCUCCUGGCCGCGCUGCUGUCGUCGCUGCUGGCGUCGCUGCCCGCCCAAGCGCAGAUCCUGGGCCGCGGCCACUGCCGCCCCACCCUUAUUCGAGUACAGGUGGGCGGCACAGUGUGCGAGCGCCUCUGCUACCGCCGCGACUACCGCGGUCCGCCCCUCCUCUGCCGCCGCGUCCACAGCUCGGGAUUGGUGCCCGUCUGCGGCAACGGCUGCUGCCUCAGCGGUCCCAACUGCAUGCAGCUCCUGUACACCUAA